CUGCUCUAUAAAAGGCCAAGGCUUAGCCGGCCUUCUGCACUGCAAAUAAUUCCUGCUUAACCCUUAUUGAUCUUUCUUUGUUUUCCUUGAUCUAGCUAUGGCUGAUGAAGUUGUUCUUCUAGAUUUUUGGCCAAGUCCUUUUGGGAUGAGGGUCAGAAUUGCACUAGCUGAAAAGGGUGUCAAGUAUGAGUACAAAGAAGAGGACUUGAAGAACAAGAGUCCUUUGCUCCUCCAAAUGAACCCUGUUCACAAGAAAAUCCCUGUUCUUAUCCACAACGGCAAGCCCAUUUGUGAGUCUCUCAUUGCUGUUCAGUACAUUGAGGAGGUUUGGAAGGACAAAUCUCCAUUGUUGCCUUCUGACCCUUACCAGAGAGCUCAGGCUAGAUUCUGGGCUGAUUAUGUUGACAAGAAGGUAUAUGACCUUGGAAGGAAGAUUUGGAGCGCGAAAGGAGAGGAAAAAGAGACUGCCAAGAAGGAGUUCAUUGAAGUCCUUAAAUUGUUGGAGGAACAGUUAGGUGACAAGGCUUAUUUUGGAGGAGACAAUCUGGGAUUUGUGGAUGUAUCACUUAUUCCAUUCUACACUUGGUUUAAAGCGUAUGAGACUUUUGGCACCCUCAACAUAGAGAGUGAGUGCCCCAAGUUUAUUGCUUGGGCCAAGAGGUGCAUGCAGAAGGAGAGUGUUUCCAAGUCUCUUCCUGAUCAGCAUAAGGUCUAUGAGUUCAUUGUGGAGAUAAGAAAGAAGUUAGGCAUUGAGUAGGUUGAAGGCUUAAAUGGGCAUAGUGACGACGCACUGGUCUUUUGUUUAUGGUCUUGUUCACCUUCCAAUUAAAUAAUAGUUGUGUAAUAUAAAAAGCACUUGGAUGUGCCGAACUUUAUGCUUUCUAUAGGAUGUGUAGGUUUUGAAAA